AUGGAACAGGAAGUCCCCCAGUCGUUGGCCAACGUCAAACAUAUCCUUCUUAUUCUUUCCGGCAAAGGCGGUGUUGGGAAAUCUUCGGUCACCACCCAAUUUGCACUCACGCUUGCACUCAAAGGGUUCAAUGUCGGCGUGUUGGACAUUGAUUUGACCGGUCCAUCUUUGCCUCGCAUGUUUGGCGUUGAGAAAAAACAGGUCCGCCAGUCGGCGCAAGGAUGGGUUCCAGUGACUGUUUACAACUCAAGCAGUGCCGAAAAAGGCAAUCUUUCCCUCAUGUCGCUAGGGUUUCUCCUUGGGAGCAGGGAGAACUCUGUUGUGUGGCGAGGCCCAAAGAAAACAGCCAUGAUCCGGCAGUUUUUGAAGGAUGUCGUUUGGAGCGGCGGCCCGGACGGAGCUCCUUUGGACUACUUGCUCAUAGAUACGCCUCCGGGAACGUCCGAUGAACACAUUGCCAUUGCCGAAGAGCUCCGAUGGGCCCAGCCAGUAGAUGGCGCCAUAGUGGUGACCACGCCGCAACAAGUGGCCACUGCUGAUGUUCGGAAGGAGAUCAAUUUCUGCAAAAAGGUCAAUUUCGCUGUUUUGGGCGUCGUGGAAAACAUGAGCGGCUUCAUCUGCCCCCAUUGUGCCGAGUGCACCAAUAUUUUCCUGAGCGGCGGCGGAAAACAGCUCAGCGAGAGCUUGGGGCUUGAUUUUUUGGGCAACAUCCCCAUCGAUCCUUCUUUCGUGGAGAUGAUCGAGACCCAGGACAAUGCCGAGGGCUCGCAUCGGACGUUGAUGGAUUUGUACGAACACGCCAAUCUCCGGCCGGUGUUGGCGGAAAUCGUGCAGAAGGUGUUGGACAAGAACUUGCCGUCUAGGAUCGAGUAG